AUGUAUGCGUUCAUUGGAGUGCUUAUUAUGACUGGCGCUAACCGCAGCAAUGCCGAAUGUGCGCCGGACUUGUGGUCGGUGGAAAAUUGUCCAUUAUAUCGUGCAUCAAUGGGCAUUAACCGCUUUCAGGCCAUACUGCGGUUUAUAAGGUUUGACGAUGGCAACAGACGGGCACAACGUUUGGUAACUAACAAAGCUGCACCAAUAUCCGAGCUGUGGACCAUGAUGAACUACAACUUUGAGCAGUUAUAUAAGCCAAGUGAAUAUCUAACGGUAGACGAGCAGCUAUUUCCAUAUCGUGGCCGCACCCAUUUCACGCAAUACAUCCCAUCGAAACCGGCAAAAUAUGGCAUCAAAGUGUGGUGGGUAUGUGAUGCCAAAAACGCAUAUCCACUGUAUGGACAAAUAUAUACAGGCCAACCACCUACGGGACGGGAAACUAAGAAGGGUGAAUGCAUGAUGAAGGAUUUAGUAAACCGCUUUCAUGGAAUCGGCCGAAAUAUAAUGGACAAUUCAUUUACAUCCCUAAAUCUACUGGAAAGCUUGUCAUCCAUGAAUUUGACGGCAGUUGGAACUCUGCGGAAAAAUAAGCCCUACAUACCAAAGGAAAUGUUGGCACACAAAGAUCGUGCAGAGAGGUCAAGUACAUUCGGUUUUAGGCCCAACAUAUCCAUAUGCUCAUAUGUGCCGAAAAAAAACAAGGCAGUUAUAUUACUAUCAUCAAUGCAUGACGAUGAUCACAUUGGCGAAAGCGGCAAACCAGAAAUGAUCCAGUUUUAUAACAAGACAAAAGGAGGGGUGGACGUGAUGGACCAAUUGCUUGGAGAAUAUACUUGCCAAAGGAUGACAAAGCGUUGGCCCUUGUCUCUAUUCUUCAAUAUGAUUGAUUUGACGGCAUUGGCAGCGUACAUCAUAUAUUAUGAGAAUAAUCCCAACAUCAGAUGCACCAAUGCGAAGCGUAAGAGAUUUCUUCGCCAGCUCGCCAAGUAA